ACCACCCCAUAACCUAUCUCUAUAUAUAUGGGAAGAGAUACAUGUUUUGGAGAGGGCAUCAAACUAAGAAGCUCAGAGAUCGUUCGCUCUCAAGCAAAGCUACCAUGGCCACACACUUGGUAGCGCUCUCCUUCUCUUCUAAUUGGUCCUCCCCAAGAAUCUGCGCAGCACGAAAUUUGAGGAGCAACAAAACCUAUCCUAGAGCAUGCAGUACCAAUAGCCAAUUAGAUCAGCUGGACAAAUCCUUCAUUAAUCAUAUGGAGAAUUUGAAAAAGGUGAAAAGCAUGCUCUCUCAGAGAAAUAACCAAUUGGAGACAUUGAUCACAGUUGAUUCCCUGAAGCGGCUCGGCAUUGAUUACCACUUUAAUGAAGAAAUCACUGCCAUUAUCGAUUCCUUACAUAAGAAUCUCAAUAAUAUCAGCCAAAGAGGGGAUAUGUUUGCAGCAUCUCUUUCCUUCAGAUUACUCAGAGAAGCUGGAUAUUUUGUGCCUUCUAACAUGUUUGAUAGGUUCACUGACGAGAAGGGCGAUUUCAAGCCGUGCCUUUGCAAAGAUAUGAGAGGAAUGCUAAGCUUACAUGACUCAUCAUAUUUGAACACGGGAGAGGACAUCCUUUAUAAGGCAAACGAGUUCUCUCGCAAGCACUUGAAAUCUUCUAUAAGGCAUUUGGAACCAAAUUUGCGCACAUUGGUGAGGGAUUCGUUGGAGCAUCCCUAUCAUAUGAGCUUGCCAUCGUACAAAGCUAAGCAAUACCUCAGCUAUCUCGAAAGAUCGUCGCAAAGGAUUGGAGCUAUAGAAGAAAUAGCAAUAAGGGAGUUCAAUUUGAAUCAAGAACUACAUCAAAAGGAACUCAAAGUGCUUGCAAGGUGGUGGAAGAACUUUGGCUUAGUACAACAAUUAACAUAUGCUCGAGAUCAAUUACUAAAGUGGUACAUGUGGUCCAUGACUAUUUUUCAAGGUCCACAAUUGUCGGAGCAUAGGAUACUACUCACGAAAGUGAUUGCAUUUAUAUAUCUCAUCGACGAUAUAUUUGAUGUUAUCGGAUCACCAGACGAACUCCGCAUCUUCACAGAAGUAAUCAAUAAAUGGGAAAAUUCGACCCCAGAAUCGCUUCCUGACUACAUGAGAGCAUGCUACAUGGCCUUGUUCAAUCUCACAAGUGAGAUAGCACAUCUUAUUACUAAAGAACACGGAUUAAAUCCCAUAAAUUCUUUGAAGAAAUCGUGGGUAGCACUAUGCAAUGCAUUCAUGGUCGAAGCAAAAUGGUUUUCGGCAAAAUAUGUGCCAACGACAGAUGAUUACUUAAGAAAUGGUUCGAUCAGCUCAGGGGUACAUGUCGUCUCGGUGCACAUGUUUUUCUUGUUAGGACAUGGAAUAACAAAAGAAACUAUUGAUCUUAUUGAGAGUAACCCCGCAGUUAUUUCUUGUACCGCGACUAUUCUACGCCUUUGGGAUGAUCUAGGAAGUGCCAAGGAUGAGAAUCAAGAAGGAUUUGAUGGUUCAUACAUUGAGUGCUACAUGAAGGAGAACCCUCAUUGCUCUACGCAUAACGCCAGAGAACACGUGAUGCAUUUGAUUUCUAAGAAAUGGGAAGAACUCAACAAAGAAUACUUCACUCAGAGAACCUUCUCACCUGAUUUUAUUGGGGCAUCAUUAAACUUUACAAGGAUGGUUAGAGUAAUGUAUGGGUAUGAUCAACAGCAAAAGCUUCCAAUGCUCGAGGAUUAUGCCAACUUGUUACUAUUUGCAAAAAUGUAAUGAACUUUAAUAUCUCGGGAAUAAUUAUCAAAAAAAAUAUAUCUACAUAUAUUAUUCAAAAGAAACAGACUCAAUAAUAUA